AUGCGGUACAAGGAGACCAUGCCUCGGAAGCCCCCAGAGCUUCCGGCCAACUUCUUCUUUUCCAAGAGAUGCGAACAGGAGCUCAUGGAGCUGACAGGCCAGACCGGCCCAACUCUGCCUGAGAUAGACAUUCUGCACCCUGCGGCUUGCCCCUGGCUGAAGGAGGUUUUGCGGGACCUGCGCAGCGAAGAUGAAGAAAUCAGAAUGUGCGGCAUCUUCCGGAUCCAGGGGGUGCUCGUGCAUGGCCCUGUUUCGGACGGGAAGACGGACGCCUGGGCCAAGUAUGCGACCUACGUGCUGAGCCAGAGUGUCGUCAUCCAGGAGCUGGUGAGAGGCUUGAGAGACUUUGGGGUCUCUAAGAGGUGCUACCUCGUCUGCAAGGAUGACCCGCGCGGCGGCGCGCGCAUAGGGACGGUGCGGACGUACUCCAACGUCCUGGACACGAUCGCCGUGGACGCGCGCGCGGCGCGCUUCGCGCUGAGCCACUUCCCGGACUUCGUGGACGUCCAGCUGGGGAACUACUACGCGUCCAGGUUCCCGCGCGCGUACCGCCGCGCGCGCGAGCGGUGCACCAUCGAGUUCGAGACCAAGAUGUUCCUGACGAGUUCCCUGUGCAACCUGUGCGCGGCCACGAAGCAGGGCCGGGAGCGACUGCAGAGCGAGACCGUGUUUCUCAACUCGAUCCUGGAGGACGCUCUGGAGGCGUCCGAAAAAGCGAAGCCGUCCGAUCUCGCGGUCGGCAUCGUGAAGCGCAUCACGCAGUUCCGCAGCCCGCUGGAAACGGAAGAGACCGUCGCGAUAGCGGUCAAGGUCGCGGGCAACGCCCUGGAGAGCUCCGGCAGCGCGGCCGGCAUCGAAAGCGCCCUCGAUCUAGUUAUGCGAAUGAUUGAUGAGGAUGCUGCCAGAAUGGCCCCGCUGCUGCAACGGCGCAAGUCGAUCUCUGACUCCCUCUUGGCUCUCGAGCUCUCCAGCUGCCCGGACGAAGGGAUGAAAGGGAAGGGGUUCGAGAUCCUGCUCUCGGCGAACGCCAAACUGCAGGAACUAGAUCGAAGGAGCUUCCAGGUGGGGUACCUCAGGCUGCCGUCCGAUAGAGAGAUGAAAGCGAUCCAGGAGCUAGCGGCCAAGGACCAUAACGUCGCGCGGCGGAAGAAGCAACUGGACGCCAUUUUCAGUCCGAAAGCGUCGCCGGGCGGAGAGGACCACCGGUCGCGCGAUCCCGCGGGAAAGCUCACUCCGAUGGCCGGCCCGCGCAAGCAGUGCGCCAGGUCCGACUGCCUCAGAGUCGAGGCCACGGCGCGGGAGUUCAAGGUCUGCGCCCAAUGCAAGCUCGUGGUCUAUUGCUCCGCAGAGUGCCAGAAGUCUGCCUGGAAGGAGGGGCACAAGCAGGAGUGCGUGCGGAAGCCGAGUCGAAACCAGGGCAUGUAG